AUGUCCCAGCAUAAAGGAUUAUCUACACCACAGAAUAAGUUUCUUGAAACUAUAGUUGCACGCUCAGAUGCAUUACAUGCAAACUUUGUACUUGGUAAUGCACAAAGAAAGUAUUAUCCUAUUGUUUAUUGUUCUGAUGGAUUUUUACUGUUAACUCAUUAUUCAAGAGCGAAUGUUAUGUCACGUAGUAGUAUAUGCCAAUUUUUAUGGGGUUCUGAAACAACACCAACAGUUCGUAUGGAAAUCAAUCAAGCAUUUCAUAAUCAUUAUGAAUAUAGAAAUAGAGCUGUAUUUUAUACACGUACUGGUGAGCCAUUUACUUGUGAUUUUACAGUUACACCAAUAAGAAAUGAAAGAUCUGAAGUUGUUCUUUUUCUCUGUUCAUAUCAACAAGUAAGACAAGAUUUAAUACAUCCCAAUGUGUAUCAAUCAGGCUUCAAAAUGAAUCAUUCAAAAACUCAUUCUAUACUUUCAUGGGCAUCAGAAUUACCAUUUUCUAAAAGUUAUCUACAUCUGAGAAAUAAUAUUUUUACUGAAACUGCUGAAAAUGAUGAUGCACAUCUACAACGUUCCUAUUCCAAAGUCAACCUUACUCAAACAAGUAUUUUAAGUGGUUUUCCAGAAGAAAACGAUCCAUAUGAGGAAUCACCUACAUCAACAACUACUUCACAGUCAAUAAGCAAACAUUACCUUAAUAUCACUGGAGCCGUCAGUGCAACCCCAUUAUCUACAUCUUACAGUAAUCAGGAUCUUCUAAAAGAAUCCCAGAUCAAUAUUAAAAGAAAUUCGUAUGAUUUGCCAUCAGAUUUUUAUAGUGAAACCAAACUACAUUAUCCUAAAGAGUACUACCUACCUUCAUAUUGUCAGUCAACAACAUUUGUAGAUGUCCUACAUAAUCCUUCGUGCACUACAAUACCCCAAAACAUCCCUCGUAAAUUUAAUGCAUGUAUUCAUAGAAAUUUGAGUAUAUUGUCAUUACCUCAAAUAAAAUCACAACUGAGAAAAUUCAGUCGAAGAAAAAGUAUAACGAAAACUUCUGAAGAAAUCAAUAAUAAAAGAAUUCAUGAGUUCACAUUAACUUCACCUGCAAAAUCUCCAGUUGUCAGUUACGCUAAAUUACAAUCUACUACUUGUAAUUAUUCACCUAUCAAAACAGACAAAAUUAUAACGGUAAAUGAAAAUAACAAGAAAACUCAUUUUUGGGAAAAUUCUAAUUAUCUACCCUAUUCAACUAUUCUAUCUAAUCAAUCAAAACGUGAUCAACCUAAAACAGAUAAAAUAAUACAUUCUGAUGAAAUAAAUUCACAACAAAGUAAUUCAACUAAUAUAAAUCAAUUAUCAAGUGCCUUGAAAACAGAAUCAAGAAACAAUAGCACACAAUUAGAUAAUGUACUUAUUGAAAAUAAAAUGAAUAAAACUACCAAUUGUUUCUCAUUUAUUUCACAACGUUUAUCCGAUAAUCGAUCAUAUUCAUAUGAAAAUAUUUCAAAAAGAAUUUGUGAACCAGAUCCAAAAAAAUAUUCUUAUAAACGUCGAAAAUCAUUAGCUUUAAUACAUGGAUUUGGAUUUCGUGGGCGCAAAAUUCAAAAUAGCAAUUCAUCAAAACUUAAUCAACAAAUUAAAAAUUUCAGCGUUAAAAAUGUCCCAGAAUAUAAAAUACAAAAAUUAACGAAAUCAAACUUUGUUCUUCUACAUUAUGGUCUUUUUCAUAUAAUAUGGGACUGGUUACUUUUGAUAUUAACAUUCUACAUAGCAUUUAUUGUACCAUAUAAUGUAACAUUUGAAAGCCAUUCAACACAUUCUGGUCGAUGUAGAAUUAUUGAUUUAAUGGUAGAAAUUUUUCUAAUUGUUGAUGUUAUAUUAAAUUUUCAUACAACAUAUGUGAAUAAAAAUGGUCAAAUUAUAAAUGAUCGUCAUUUAAUUGCUAAACAUUAUGCUAAAGGAUGGUUAAUAUUAGAUUUAUUAGCUGCUUUACCAGUUGAUUUUAUAUUAAUUAUUUGUCAAAUUACAUCCAUUAUUAAUUUAAAUGAUGUGAAUAUGAAUACGAAUUUAAUUGAUAAAUUAAAUUAUGUAAAUGUUUCAAUAAAUGAAACAAAUGGACCACAUUUAUAUUAUAAUGAUAAUAAACAUGAUAUAAGACCUAUAGUGAAUUUUAAUUUGAUAUCAUUGUUACAAAUGAUGAAACUUGCAAGGUUAUUACGUUUAGCUCGUCUUAUACAGAAAAUAAUUAGAUUAUCUCAGUACAGUGUAAUUGUAUUAGGAUUACUUAUGUUUAGUUUUGCAUUAGUAGCACAUUGGUGUGCUUGUAUUUGGUAUGUCAUUGGUUUGUACGAAAUUGAUGGUUCAGAUAUUGGCUGGCUAGAAGAUUUAGCAAGACGAUUAAGGUCUCCUUUUCAUUUAAAUAGAUCUGGUGGACCUACAGAAGGAUCUAAAUAUUUUACUGCAUUAUAUUUCACAUGUAGCAGUCUAACAUCCGUAGGAUUUGGUAAUGUUUCAGCAAAUACACUAAAUGAGAAGAUAUUUGCUAUUUGUAUCAUGCUUCUUGGAGCUCUUAUGCAUGCUGCAGUUUUUGGCAAUGUCACUGCUAUUAUACAACGAAUGUAUGCACGUCGAACAACUUUUCAAUCAAAAGUUCAGGAUUUAAAAGAAUUUAUUGAAGUAUAUCGAAUACCUAAAACACUUAAAAGUAGAAUGGAAGAUUUCUUCCAGACAACAUGGGCGAUUAAUCGUGGAAUUGAUGUGCCAGAAGUGUUGAAAAUUUAUCCAGAAGAAUUACAAGGUGACAUUUAUUUACAUUUAAAUCGUGAGGUACUUGGAUUGAAAGUAUUUGAAAAAGCCAGUCGUGAUUGUUUAAAAUCUUUAGCCAUUAAUUUUAAAUUAAUAUUUUGUACACCUGGUGAAUAUUUAAUACAUACUGGAGAUAUUCUACGUCGUUUAUAUUUUGUAUCAAACGGAUCAUUAGAAGUUUUAGAAACAGAUGAAGUGGUUGCUUUACUUGGUAAAAAUGAUUGGUUUGGUGCAUUUUUAGAAACCGAUGUAUCAAUAAAUGGUACAACUAAUAAUAUAUCUUCAUCAUCGUUCCCAAUUAUACGUUCAAGAUGUGAUGUAAAAUCAUUAACUUAUUGCGAUCUACACUACAUAGAUUUAAUUACAUUAAGCGAAAUAUUAAAUCAACAUCCACGUUUUAAAGCUGAAUUAAAAAGUUAUUUAUACGAAGAUUUAUCAUUCAAUAUACAAGAAGGAGUUGAAAAUUGUCUGUCACAUGAUGUGAUUACUGUUCCAGCUAUUACAUUACAAUUAGCUAAUGAUGAAAAAGACUGGGAGGAUAGUGAAACUAAAUUGAAUGUUAUUAAAGAUGUAGAAAGUUUGAAACCGCCUAAGUUUAUAUUUGACAAUAAAGGAAGAAGUUGUAGUUUAACAACAUAUGAUGAAGAGUCUGGCCUAUUAAUUCCUCAUGCAAAUGAUCGAUCAAAUUCGGAAAUAUCAAUAACUAAACCAUUAUCAACAAUUACAAAGCCAAAAGUAACGGGAGCAAAUCAAAUUGCAUGGCAAUUUAGAUCACCAACUCUUGGCACAAAAUAUUUAUCUCAUUAUCCAAGGCGUUUGCAAUCAACGGAUAAGAUUGUAACAAGACGAAGAUUUUUUCUACUAAAAUCAUCUAAAUCAUCCGGUUGUUCAAGUAAUCUAGACUUGACACAAAAGUCAAAAGAGAAUAAGUCACCACCUUCUAAUUAUAAACCCAUAGAAGAGCUAAACGAAACUAUGAGUUAUAAAACAUUUACUUGUAAUUUGAAAUCAUUUAGUCCUAAACAAAAUCGUCGUCAUACUAUGCCAGCAUUUGAAGCUCAAAAUUCUGAAUCAAAAGCAACAAGUUCUAGUGUGAUGAAUCCAUACCGAAGAUCUGAUCGUCAUACAGAUGAUACAUGGAUAUUUUCAAAUCAUUCAAGUGGAACACAGUCAAAUGACGAAUUAUGUUCAUCAAGCAUUGCAUCACCACAGUGUUUAUCAUAUAAUUAUGAAAAAACUCCUUUAUUAUCCAGUCAAUGUCUUUCAAUUCCAAAUGUAAAUUUUACAGAAAAUACACAACCACAAAUAGUAUCUAGUAAGCCUAUAUGCGUAUCUAUGCAACUGACACAAUUCAAUUCACUUAAUUGUGAUAUUAAUACAAUUUCAACAUCUAAUUUAUGUUUAUAUACACCAAAUACUUCUCCAGUCAAUUCAAUUUGGUCAUGUACAAAUGAUUACAAUCCUAAUCGAUGUACAUUAUCAAAUCGUGUCUAUCAUUUACAAGGCAGCAAUUUAAAUGAAAUUCAUUUAAUUAAUGAAUUACGUAAUUUAAAUAAUCGUUUAGAAUGUAUAGAAUUACAAUUUACAAAAAUUCAUAUGAGACGUAAAAAGCAGAAUAGUGAUGCAGAAACUGAGAUGACUGGAGUUCCAUCGAAUUAUAUGGAUAUACUUAAACCAACAUUAACAGAGAAAAGACUGCAAUUUAAUUUACAUAUACCAUGGUCAAUUACUCCGAAAGGUUAUGCAAAGCUGCAUGAGAAAUUAACAUCAACAUGCAUCCCUCAUUCUGAUGGAAAAGCUGAUUCCAUGGCUGGUCGUGUGUACAGACAGAUAUUUCUCGAUCGUGCAAACAGUUCGAAUGGUUUUACUCCUUGUUCGAAAAGUGAAACAACUUACGCAAGUCCUACUGAGAUGAGAAACACAAAAAUUAGUCAGUAUGAAAUUAUUUCAGCCAAAAUGACAGAAGCAAAACGACUUUAUGAAGAUCUUGAUUUUCCCGCAAAUAAUAAUUCAAUUGGAGACUUGCAACAAGUCUUGGGCAAAAUAGAAUGGAAAAGACCUAAAGAUAUUAAUCCUUAUGCAGCUUUUUGUACAAAAUCUUAUUCUCGUUUUGAUGUUGAUCAAGGUGCUCUUGGUGACUGUUGGUUCAGUGCGGUUAUGGCUACAAUUACGAAAUAUCCUGCAUUGAUGAAUAACAUCAUACCAUCAAAUCAAACUUUCAGAGGUACACUUUAUACAGGAGCAUUUGUGUUCAAUUUUUGGUGUUUUGGAGAAUGGGUGGAAGUUGUAAUCGAUGAUCGUCUACCAGUUCUUAAGGGAACGUGUAACUUGGUAUUCAUGCAUUCAACAGAUACAAAUGAGUUUUGGUCAUGCCUACUGGAAAAAGCAUAUGCCAAAUUAUGCGGUAGUUAUGCACAUCUAACUGGUGGAUUUCAAAGUGAAGCGAUGGAAGAUUUUACUGGCGGAAUAUGUACUACUGUUAUUUUGAAUCAAAAAGAACGUCCACCAAACCUAUUUAAAAUGAUGGAACACUACACAAAAACAUGUUGUAUUUUGGGUGCUGAUGUUGGUGGAGAUAAAAAUAAAAGACGAGAAAAAAUGGGACUGAUAGGUUCUCAUGCUUAUAGUGUAACUGGGGUUGGGAAAGUUAAUUAUCUCGGUAAAGAAGUGCAUUUAGUACGUUGUCGUAAUCCUUGGGGAGAAAAACAUGAAUGGAAAGGAUCUUGGUCAGAUAAUUCACCUGAAUGGAAAAAUGUUAAAUCUAAAGAUAAGAAAGCUUUACAGUAUAAAUCAAAAGAAGAUGGAGAAUUCUGGAUGUCGUUCGACGAUUUUGAAAAUAAUUUCACUCUACUUGAAAUAUGUCAUUUUGGAUACGCAAGCUUAGACCAUAGAGAUGAAAUCGACAAAAAGAAAAGAUGUGAGGAAAUAUGUUUUGCUGGUGAAUGGGUUGCGAAUGUAAAUGCUGGAGGAUCAUUUAACUAUCCAGGUAAUUUUGUUUAUACCAUUAAACAAGUAUCUGAACUGCAAAAUACAUGUCUUACAGCAGAAGAAUUAUUAUGCCGAAAACCAUUGUUAACAUCAGACUACAUUCCAAGACGUGAAGUAACAUUAGAAGCUGACCUUUUUCCUGGAACAUUUAUUAUAAUACCAUCAACAUAUAAUCCAAAUCAAGAAGCACGAUUUAUUUGUCGGGUAUUCUCUACUGUAAAAAUGAAACAAUUAGAACUGGAUGAGGAGAAUCUAUACGAAGGCUUUCCAAAGAAGGAACUUACUUCAUUGGAAUUAAAUUUUAAGCAGUUAUGUAAUCCAAUCACCGAAACAAUCAAUUCUAGAAUAUUAGGAACUAUUCUGGAUCAAUAUAAUUUUCGAGAUUAUAUGAUUGGUUUUACGGAAUUUCCUAGUAACUUGUGUAGUAGUUUAAUAUCUUCAGCAUCUGUAUCCUUUAUAAAAAAAUAUCAUAACAGUAAUCAUGAUUUGAUUUGCUUAACAGUAAGUAAAUUUAGGAAUUACACAACAGAAUUAUUGAUUUUUGGAAUUGGUUAUCUGAAAAUGUGGUGA